CAUUUUUUCUUCUUCUUUCCUUCCAUCUUGUCUGAAUUUAGGUUAUACUAAUAGCUUCAUACAUGCUGCCAAAGAAAAUAAGAAUGGUCAGGUCCCUCUAGCCCACUAUCCAGUUUUCUGACCAUGGUCAAUGCGAGAUGCUGCAGAGGGAAUGAACAGAACAGGCAAUUUACAAAUGAUCCAUCUGCAUCAGGGAAGAAUUUAGAGUUUUUGUACCUUGGAGGGAAUUUCAUUACUUCAAUCCCACCUGAGUUAGCGAACCUGCCUUCGCUAAGCUACCUAGUGCUGUCUGACAACAAGAUUCAGAGUAUUCCUCCACAGCUAGCACAGUUGCAUUCCCUGCGUUCCCUUAGCCUUCACAACAAUCUGCUGACAUACCUCCCCCGGGAGAUCCUAAACCUGGUUCACCUGGAAGAGCUGAGUUUGCGCGGGAACCCACUGGUUGUUCGCUUUGUCCGUGAUCUGACUUACAAUCCCCCAAGUCUCCUGGAACUGGCUGGACGCACCGUUAAAAUCCGCAAUAUUCCCUAUGCUCCCAGUGAUCUCCCAGGGAAUCUUGUCAGAUAUUUGAGCUUGGCCAGCAAUUGCCCCAAUCCUAAGUGCGGAGGUAAGUUAGCUGCUCUCUGCACCCUGUUCUUACCCAACAACGCUUCUAUUUCCUUCUAACUUAGCGCUCUUUUUAGUAACUUAGGCCUUGUCUACACUGGCAAGUUUUGUCACCAAAAAACUCUUUUGGGCAACAAAACUUGGAGAGCGUUCACAUUGCAGCAUGACAAAUUGCGACAAGCAUCCAGUUUUGGCAACAAAAAACUUUCUGCUCUAUGAGAGACUUUUGUCUCUCCCUCUCCCUUUGCUGUCGACAGUCAUGCAGUGUGCAUUAUGGUAAGAAACGCACAACCUAAAGCUUCAAGUUGAACGCUCAAAACACUGGUGUACAAUUUUCUUUUAAUAAGCAUUAAAAAUGGCAACAAAGAAGAAAUGCUUGUUGGAUGAACACUGGGUUUUCAACCCAAUGUUUGGGAGAUGGAAUUCGCUUUGCAGAGAUAAAUGGAAAACCAAUGUGUCUUUUUUGUCAAAAGACUGUCACUGCGUUAAAGAAAACAAACCUGCAAUGGCACCAUGAAUCUUGUCACCCUGAGUUCAAAGACUUGUAUCCACCUGACAGCAAUUUAAGAAAAACUAAGAUAUGUUCUUUACUGAAAGGUUUCCGUACUCAACAAGAUAUGUUCCAUUCACAAGUUAAAGACAGUGAUGCCAUUACGGAAGCCGCCUUCAGAAUGACUUGGCGCACAGCUAAAAUCAAAUAGACCUUUGACUGAAGGUGAAUUGAUGAAGCAGUGCUUGGACUGCAGCAAAUCACUUUUUGUAGAAUUUUUUUUUUUUUUAAAGAGGCUAUAGUUAACCAUCAAAACAGCAAGUGUUUGAUUCAACUGUAGUAAGACGAAUUGAAAGCAUUUCAGGUGAUCUGUUUUCUAAAUUGCUAAACAACAUUGAAAGCACGAGUAUUUCAGUCUGGCAAUGGGCAAAUCUAUUGAUUGUUCAGACAUAUCUCAGCUCUUAAUCUGGAUGUGUUUUUUCAAUGGCAAAAAGUAUUUCAAAGAAAUUCUUACUCUGCUACCUUUGACGGGUCAAACUAGGGGAGAGGACAUUUAUUCUGUGCUGAUGGCAUUUUUGGAGGACCAGGAAAAUGCAUUGAUUUGAAGAAGCUUACUUCGGUAACAACUGAUGGCGCUCCCUCCAUGGUUGGAAAAGAGAAGGGGCUAAUUUCUUUUCUGAAGAAAAAUACAGUUUCCAGAUUUCUUUUCAUACUAUUGCAUUCUGCACCAAGAACAGUUACACAGCAAACUGAAGAGAAGAUUUCUCGAGAGCACAAUGGAUAGUGUCACAAAAAGCAUCAACUUCAUUGUUGCAAAUGCCUUGAAACAAAGACAAGUUGAGGAGUACAAAACACAGUCUGGUGACUUGGCAAUGAUUGCAGAAGUUAGAUGUCUGAGUCGAGGCAUUAAUAUCAGCAGAACUGACUUAAUGGGGGCCUGCAUGUUGUGUAGUCUUGCCUUAACCUUUGUAUUCAUGCCUGUUAGUGUGAAAGAAACUAUUUGCAUAUAUUUGCAACCAUGCUUAUGUUGCAGCAUUCAGCAUGUGCUUCCAAAGUUGAGAAUCCCUGCCUUCGUUGCAUGUAUUGUUAUACCAGUCAGUUCCUGCUGUGAGCAAUUCAGUUAGUCCCAGGU